CACCGGCACCCGUCGCCCCACCCCUCUCAGAGCCCCGCCGAGGCGGGGCGAACCUUCACCUAUUGCGUGGGGUAGACUCAGCUCCCGCCCCUUUUCGCUCUGCUUUCUCCAAGGCUCUUCACUUGCACCACGUGCCCUUCUGGCCGCUCCCCCAGCGCUCUUUCCAACCGCCUGUUGGAGGCUGCCGUAAAAUGGCGUGAGUGGCGCUGCCGCUUUACGGCUGCCUCUCCCUGAAGUAGAGCCCCGGAGCGCCCACCGCCGUCAGCUGUGUCUUCAGGAGCGUCGGCCCGGAGCAGAGCGGGAGACCCGGUGUGGCACUGCUCUUCCAGCUGUGGUUUCCCCGUUCCGGUCCCUGGCGAUGUGAGCUCGAGGAGCCUGCGGUGCCCCCUGGCCCGGGGGUUGAGGCGGGCGGCAGGUGCCUGUGAGGCGGACGGGUGCUGGGGGACAGCAGGAUGGAGGAGAGCAUGGAGGAGGAAGAGGUACUAAUCUACGAGGCGAUGAUGGACGACCAGAACCAUAACAACUGGGAGGCCGCCGUGGACGGCUUCCGGCAGCCCCCGCCACCCCCGCCGCCUCCGCCGCCCCCCUCGUCGAUGCCAGUCCCCGCUCGAGAGCCUCCGGGGGGCCAGCUGCUGGCCGUGCCCGCCGUCUCCGUGGACAGGAAAGGCCCCAAGGAGGGGCUCCCGCUGGGGCCGGAGGCCAAUGGGGUGAUCAUGAUGCUGAAGAGCUGCGACGCGGCCGCCGUGGCCAAGGCGGCCCCCGCCCCCACCCCCGGCUCCACCAUCAACAUCAACACCUCCACCUCCAAGUUCCGUGAGUCCAGCCUUUCCCCAGCAGCUCGGCUUCUCUCCUCCCCACCCGGACGCCAAGUCCACCCCGCUCCUGGAGCAGCCCCGCUGCCUUUGUUCCAGGCCUGGGUCUCCUCUCCUCCCCUCCCGCCCCCUCCCCCUCGGCUGUGCCCGCGGCCAGCGCCUGAGCGGGCCUGGCUUCUUGUGUUACCUGGCCUAGGGAAGCAGCCUGGUACGUACGCCACCCCAAGUUCUGCCACGAACGCGAUCCUUAUCGCCACUGGCGUCUCUCAGCAUUACUCCUGGUAUUCCCCCAUCUGGAUUGAGUUAAGUGCAUCUUCAUUAACUUGGUUUUUUGUUUGGUUUUACAGUUGUGUGUAUAAGUGUGUAUGCCAGCAACACUCGGAACAGAUGUAUAGUGACCUGAUUAAAAAGAUAACUAAUCACUUAGAGAGAGUUUCAAAGGAGCUGCAGGCCAGCCCUCCAGAUCUCUAUAUUGAAAGAUUUAAUAUAGCUCUUGGACAAUAUAUGGGAGCAUUGCAGAGUAUUGUGCCUCUUUUCAUAUAUAUGAAUAAGUUUUACAUCGAAACCAAGCUUAAUAGAGACUUAAAAGAUGACCUUAUAAAGCUGUUUACGGAACAUGUUGCAGAAAAGCACAUUUACAGCCUGAUGCGUUGCCUGCCCGCUCACAGUAGGUGGCAUCUCAUCCUGCCUUCCCUAAAAGAAUAUCCCUCUCCAACUUUACUUUUAGAAGCCCAGUCAACACCAUUUCAGGUCACACCUUCAACUAUGGCAAAUAUUGUGAAAGGCCUGUAUACUCUCAGACCAGAGUGGGUUCAGAUGGCUCCAACUCUAUUUUCUAAAUUUAUUCCAAACAUUCUCCCUCCGGCAGUGGAAUCUGAACUUUCUGAAUAUGCUGCUCAAGAUCAGAAACUUCAAAGAGAGCUUAUACAGAAUGGUUUCACAAGAGGUGACCAGUCCCGGAAGAGAGCUGGGGAUGAGUUGGCUUACAACAGCUCAUCUGCAUGUGCAAGUUCCAGGGGAUACAGAUAGUGAAUGUGUUGAAUGUACUUUCCUCCCGAGGAGAGGACACACUGGAGCUGCAGAGACUGUGUUCUGAGCACAGCGGGGCCUUCGACACUCAGGAGCUCUGUCACAAGGCUGUUCUUGGGAGAGAAUGCUGGACUUCUUACUUUGGUUUGUAAUUUUAAAAAAAACAAAAAACUAACAAGAAACAAAAACAUGAAAACAGUUGCUGCUAGAGUUGGGGGUGAUUUUGAAAUGGGACAAUCUUUUAAUGAGUUUAUCUACAGAUUCUAUGAGGAACAAGCUUCGGGGAAAUUGACUAUUGCUGAGUGAAAUCUGACAGCCAAAAUCAGCAGCUUCCUCCAAAAAUAUAAGGGCAGAAGAAUCUUUUUUUUUUUUUUUUUUUUUAAAGCACUUGUUUUGUUCAUCUGUGGACUUGGGACUUAACAGCAUAUUGGUUUCACAUGUCAAGAUAUCUUUUGCUUUAAAACCAAGCAAAUGGUUACAAUACAGUGUUUUCACCCAUAACCCAAACAGCUCCUUUAAAAAUAAGAGUUGAUCUUUGUUUAGUAUUAGGAAGUCUUGUUCAAGGAGAAUGCUAACUACUUUCAUUAGAACUUUUCCCUCAUCAGUUCUCAACUUUCUACUCUGUGCCUUGAGCUUUGUGCACUUUGCAACUGUGUGGCAGUGUUGUCAAACUCACAAGUACUUCCUGGAGAAGGUGAUGGUAUUCCAAACCAACCCACUAAGAUGGUGGGUGACUUAUAGGAUGCUAAUUAAGUGGGAGAAUGGAAACGUGUUGCACAUUGGUCAGAUUUCCCCUACUGCACCAGGCGUGUUCAUGUUCGUGUGGGGACCAACUCUUGUAGAGCAUUUGCAUUCCUGCCAUCACCUUACCUGAUUCACCAGCCGCUCUGGCAUGGGCAGCCGUAAUUCAGGGGUGGGCAGCCCUGCAGUACUAAUGCCUCUGCCCCCUUUUAAUAUUGUGGAGAUUGUCCAACAGCAAGAGCUGCUUCCUACGACAUUCUGGGAAGUGAUAGUUAUUAAAACCAAAUAUAAUCCGUGGUGUGGAGUUCCUGAUCCAUUUCAUUUUAAUGGGUGAUAAGUACUUUAAAAAGGUAGAAUCUGUGCUCUGCAUCUUUUAAAUAUUAUAUUUGACAUUUGAGCUCAGUAGGGAAGAAGUUCUGCUCUUUUUUAAGGUCCCCUUCCAGUUGUAGCAAAGCCAUGUUUUCUGUUUCACCAUACCUGCAGGGCUGUUUAGUUGUUCAUAAAAGUCUCUGAAGCUAAUUCUGUUUGGCUUUGAAAGUCAAAUAAAAAUAGAAAGUGUGGCAAGGGGAGAAUAUUUUUCUACUCAUUUUUUCUUAAAUGUAGAUUAAACAUAGCCUUCAUUUUCCUGGGCCUUAUCAGACUGGUCACACUGGUCCUGAUCUGUCCAGAAAACUUGGCAGGGAAAGAAGACACACCUGAUCUGCAAGUUUUUCAUAGAGCUGCCUCUGCCAGUUCAGUAUGUCCUUUUUUGGGGAGUGUCAUGGGUGGAAGAGCUAGAAGUGCGAUACUGGGCACAUGGUAUGUUAUCUAAUAGAAAGUCUUUGAUUUGUAAAAAAUUAUUCUGCAGAGGGGUAAAAUUAAGCGAAGGUUCUCAGAUAUAUUUUUAAGUACUUAUCAUCCAGAAUGGGUGGAUUUUGUGGAGGGCUUUAAUUGGACUCAUUUCACUCUGUUUGCAUCUUAGAUUGUGUAAUGAACACUGAAUUACUGUAAGAACACAUACAGGCCUUCACUAUGACCUGUAUAGCUUGAUUUGCUACACCAGUAACAUUCUAGUGUCAAGAAAGAAUUCCAUUUUAUCAUGAAGCCCAAAUUUUACUUUUCUCAAUGGAGUGCUUUCCGUAGGCUUAUAAAUAUACCUGGAACUGAAGUCUCUCCUGAGUGGCUUUAAUGAUAUUUCUCAAAGGAAUAAAAUUGAAGCAUUUCUUUACACAUGGGUGAAUUCUUCAGUAUCCUGAUAAUGUAACCAAGUGCUUUUUUCUGGGAGAGAGCAUUCAUUUUUGGCCAAGAACAGAACUUUCCCUAAGACAGCACUGUAUUAUGAUGAGAAUUGGCAUUAAUAUCUUAUGUACGAUGUUUUUGCAUUAUAAGUUAAUGGAAAAUACUUUAAUUCCUUUUAUUGUUGUGUAUGUGUUAACAAAAAAGUAGGUGAAGGAACGUCUGCAGAAUUUCGUUUUUCUACUUUUUGCACAAUGGCUGCAGCCAGCUGUGAGUUAAGGUUUGGUACCACAAAGCCAUUAUUGGAAGGCAUACAGGAAGGCUGUGCACAUUCCCCAAGGCAUGUGUCUUGGUGGUUGAACACAUCUUUAGCCCCUUGAAGUAUGUUGCAGUGUAAAAAAAAAAAACCAAAAAAAAAAAAUUACUUUAAGUUGAAAGUGACCUUGCUUAUUAAUUGAAAUUCUUGACAUUUUUUUUUUUUAGUUUGCAGCAUGAAGAAAUACAACUUGGCCCCUUCCAUUUUGUAUUGACUGUGUACGGUUUGCCAGGAAGUAUGUUCUUCUCGUGUUUCCUUGUAUUCUUCUUGCCAGCACAGUGUAUAGUUUUUCCAUGCCAGCUAAAUACUGGCUUUUGUAUCAAAUCAUUGAAAACCCAAAUCAUUGAAGAUAGAAUAUUGUACAUGCUGGUUGAUUGGUUAGACAACACAUGCAGUUGAUUUGGCAAAACUGACUAGUAUGUAUGUACAACCUGAAACUAGAUCCUUAACAAGAAAGCUGGGUCAGUCAUCUUGAGUUAAUAACAUGUAAAAGUAAAUGGAUAAUAAUUAGAGAGUUGUUACUUAUUUUAAAGGUUAGCUUUAAGCCUCAAUAACAGUGUCCUAUCUCUUGACUUCUGUUGUCACUGCUGCACCCUAACCCGACAGGAAUUACUGCUUCAUUUUCUUUGGGGGUAGAAAGCAAAACCUGAUGUCGUGACUCUUAGCCCAAUAGUUCCUAGGCAGAAUCAGUGAAAAGAAGCACCAAACUGUUGUAUGACUCCUGCUUUAUAACUUUCAUGGCAAAGUCACAUUUUUUCCUGUUCCUGUUAAAAAAUUAUAGCAGUUUUCCUCCCUUUCAUUAGAAUGGAAUCUAAUUUUUGGGUGGUGGGAUUACAAAGGAAUGGAUGCCCAUGACCAGGAACAGUGCACACGUCUCCAGUGCUCAGACUUGCCCAGCAGCCCCACUCCCCUUGCUGUAUGUAUCCCAGGCAUUCUGUUGGGUUGCAAAUUUGCACACUUAAAUAAUUCCUCAGGAAGAGUUUGCAUGUGCAUCACCUCGAAAUAUUCUGUACUGACCAAACAAGGAAUUUGAAGGUUUUCAGCACAAAAGGGUAACUUCAGAGUGGUCUGUACAUCUAUUGGCAAAGGUAAUGGUGAUCUGGCAAACCCAAUUGGUUUCUGCAGUUAUAAAGUAAGCAGGAGCAUUUGUACCAUAGUAUUUAAAUAAUCCUCUUGAAUCUCCCUGUAUACAGUAAAUAGCCCUUCCAUAUUUUGUCUUCUUAUUGAGGCAGCCUGUGUUUCCCCCCCCCCAACGCCACCCCGUCUUAUAGCAGUUAAUUAUUUCUGUGGUUAUUAAGAAAGAGGCAUUGCCCUUGAGCUAAAAUUCAAUUGUUCAAUAAGCAGCUAUUAUUAAACUAACUGAGCAUUGUUUUAUGGAUAUACACUAAUCUGAGAUAACAAAAAAUUUACAAUUAAAAAGUAAAACAAAAAAGCCCAAUAAAAAAAAAGGAAAAAAAAGAAAACAAAAAAGCCUUCUUUAGCUAUCCAGCCAUUGUUUGGAUGUUUUGAGUUGAUUUGUGUGUGUGUGUCAUUGAACUUUUAGCUUGGGAUAUUAUGUUUACUUUAAUCCAGUUCUAGACCUCUUAAGGGGACUUUGAAAUUCAAGGUCAGAAUGUGAAUCCUUUGAAACUUAUAAGAAAUUUAGAGGACCUUUUUGGGUGUGAUUACUGUUUUCAAUAAGUUUAUAUAAGAUGAAGUUUAUUUUUAUCAGAAGUUAAAAUGGAAGUCAUAGGAGUUGGUGGAGAAAUAGCUUUCCUAUUACUUUCAUUACUCUGUCAAAAUUUGCCUGAGUUUCUGGCCACCAGAAUAUAUGAAAGGAGCUCUGUUCUUCUCAAGGGAAAUGAUUCCUCUUCUUCCCCUGUAUUGAUUAACUAGUCCCUGGCACCUCCCUCUUCCACUCUCCAAGACCCUAUUUUGAACAUCUCUCCAGAGUCAAGUGGCACAAGUAUAGGUGCUGUUUCUGCUCGUGUUGCUGGGGCAGCUGGGGGAGAAGUCAAGAAAAUGCUAAUCAUAGAUUUAUUCUCAUGGGACUCCAGUAUACAUUGCACCCCUGCUAGUUGGAAAUUAUCUUCCUUUCAGAUUGGACUGCAUUGUUCAGAAAAAUGUUAAUGGAUUACAAAUCUGGAAAAUUUAUAGGAUGACUUUAGGGCUGAGAAUUCUGUGGUUUGGAAAAAAAUAAAUAUUUUGUAUUGAAUCUCA